AUGAAACGACACUACCGCCAGCCUCAGCGGCACUGCUGCCAGGAGGGCCGGCACUGCUACCGGCCAUAUUGGCACUGCCGCCAGGAGGGCCGACACUUCCGCCCGCACCACCGGCACUGCCGCCGAGGGGGUCGGCACUGCCACCCUAGUCUUCAGCCCGUCGCCCCGGCCGCCACUGACGCCCGUGAAGGCCGACAUACUCUAACAAGCCUGUUGCAUCAUCUGCAGGUUCCCGCUGUUAGCUAUAUUAUUCGGGACUCUCUAAAGCUCAAAGCUAGUGAUGCUGACACGAUCGUGAAUAUACAUGUUGCAAGUGAAAAGUUUGCCGAAUUAGUUCUUCUCGAGUCAAAUGAAAAUCUGGAAACUGUCAAAGAGAAGCUGGAUGAUGAAUAUCUCGAGAUACCAACAGACUCAGUAAAACGUGUUUUGGCAGGACUUAUACUUCGUGAAUUAAAAGGGUUUUGGCGUGUGGCACUGUUUAUCUCGGCUCUCAUAAAUCCAGAAGUUGGCAAUGCUAGUGGAUCCCUCAGCAAGCAGGGUGAGCUAAAUCAAAGGAAAGAGAAAUACCUCAGUGUUGAGCGUUCAAUAACUGACCUUGAUCUUGAUGGUGUAUGGAAUUUGAAGCCGUUGCUCGAUGGGAAGGCCAUUAUGGGUGUCUUGGAGGUCAAGUCUGGAGGUCCCUUGAUUGGAAAAUGGCAACAAAGACUGGUCAAGUGGCAGCUUGCGCAUCCAAAAGGUACCAUGGAGGAGUGCAAGGAGUGGAUGAAGCAGUCACAGCAGCAGUCGAAACGCCAGAAAGUAGAAUGCAGCAGCUGAGGAUUAUUGACAUUUUGAGCUUACGCAGUCCUCAAAAUUCAGCUAUAGGCCACAAAACUUCCCAUGAAAUCAGCCCGCAUGUAGGCGUCUUUAAACUAAGAAAGUAAGAAUCAAGCUCCUUAGUGAAGAUGGUUAUACCUGACUAACCUUAGGUUUGACAUGCUGUGUAUCUUACCAAGGUCACAUGUUAACAAAAAAUCACUAGUUCAGAUAAUCGAAAUUUUGCCUAGGUAUUUCGAAUG